UUUACAUAACCUGUAUUUCGUGUAAUCUUGUUUUUUAAUAAAUUAUUCAAGAAAAAUGUUAUAGUACAGCUAAAUACUUAUUUAAAAAAACUUUAAUUUCGAUUAUCGUGUUACCAGUAAGUUUUUUUUUAAAUGCAUAAAAUGGCUCUAUUUACGUAAAUGUUUUUAUCAGUAUUAAUCCCCUAAAAGAUUAACUUUUUGUCAUGGAACGCGAAAUCCAGGGGGCUUCAGGAUCUGCGGAGCCUGAAAUCGAGUCGAAAGAGAAAAAACCACCAGAAGAGCCACCCAAUCAGCCCCUCAGCCCCAACGCUCUUAAAGUCGCAGCAACUGAAUGUUUAAACAGCUGGGUCAAUUAUUUACAAGUUUUGAACAGUAUGUGUUCCGCAGGUCUGCGCUUAUCCCAAUCAUUACUCACCCUUGCUCAAAUGCAGAAUGUUCAGUUGGCAACCCUGUGCCAAACCAGUUGGGAGGAACUAACAAAAGCCACAAUUUUCGCGAGCAAUUCCGUCAAGACUCACAUCGCGGCUGCCAUGCAAGACAUGAGCAUCGGGGACACCUUCACCGAGGCCGACGCCCAAAGACAGCAAGACCACAACCAGCAGAUCAUCACCGAGAACCUCCUCACCUUCAUCAACCUCCACUACCAAUUCUCCAUCGCUGGAUGCGAGUGUUUCGGCUCGAUGGCGAUGUGCCCCUCGUGCCAAGCCACUCCUGGGGGCCUCCACGACCCCGACUGCGGCAUGGCAGCCCUGCAGCAGUGCUUUGCCCGACUCUCCGAGUCGCGUUCGCAGACCUCCAGUCCCCAUUUCUCCACUCUGGACAGCCCCAAAGCGGGGGAGUUCCCGAAAGCGCAAAGCCCCCUCAGCGCUGAACCGUACCAGGAGUUGCACAGGGGGCCCAGUCCCAUCCCGCUUGAGACGAUUAGGGGGCCGUUCCCGAAUCCGGGACAGCUUUUUACGAUGAAAGCCCCGUUUCCGGGGAGGGGGUCCAGGUCACCGUUGCAUUUUCCGCUGUUUCCGCUCAGUGGGCAAAGGAGGUGGUCGGAGGCGGCGGCGGCGGAGGUGGUGGGGGAUAGUGGGGACGGCACGAUGAGAAGGUGGUCCAUGCCGUGGGACUGCGGGAGGGUGGAAGCGGGGCCCUGGCAACAGAGGUACUUGCCUUCUAAGUUGGUAGUGCCGACGAGUACUUCACAGGAGAGGAGCAGGAGCACCACUCCAGAGGCGACCCCUCAGCCUGGGACCAUAACAAGUGGCGAGGGGCUCGCCGAGGCAAUUCAGCUGCUCUCCUGCCGCCCAACUCGCUCCUCAAUCCCCCAAACCUCCCUCCCCGGUCAUCCUGGGGGCCCCUUCAUCCCCCCUUGGGCUGAAACUCACGAAGAAAGAAUGCAUAGGAGGAUGUACCCAGGCCCGGCUUCGCAGCGGGGCAACUGGCAAUCCAUCGACGUCCCCCAUCCCAGUGGGAUGUCAGUGACUGAACACUACGAUAUUUUUCCAGCAGGGCUUCCAUUAACUUCUAGGAAAAGUAGCUCAUCAACGGACUCAUCCUCUUGUCUUUCGAUCCACAGCAGGUCCACAACGAGUUCGUCUGAGAGGGGCUCCGACAGUGCUGCUAGUGGUGGUGACGCAAUGAGACUCCAUACGAAUUUAUACUCCAUGUGGAGCGGCAGCGAGCAUCUCCCCUUUAUCAGACUCCCCGAAUCUCAGGAACCUCAAGAUGACAGCGACACCGACGAUCUUCCCACCGAAAAAAGUGGGAAAUCGCCGUUUCCGAGACCAACAUAACACGUUUCGUGAUAAAUUUUAGUUCAUUCUCAAGGUUAGUGACUAUUCACACAUUUAUUUCAAUUUUGGGUGUUUGUCCUCGAAAUUAUAUACAGAUUUGUCAACAAGAAAUUACCACCUAGGAUUUGAAUUUUUAGGAAAAUUACGUUUUUCAUGUUGUUUGUAACUAGAAUCUUCAGAAGUAAUUUUGAAUGCCUAGGGUUGUUGUUGACGGUUGACGUUUGUGACUUUACCUAAAUUUUUGACACACCCUAACCAAAUUUAUGGCAACCUAUUCACGAAUAUCCCUAAAUCCUAGGUAGUAAUUUAAUUUCUUGUUGAUACGAUAAUAAGUUUGAUCAUCAAUCAUCCAUCUAGGUGUCGUAUUUGACGUUUUUCUAGUCCAAUCUUUUAUAUUUGGUGUAAAUUAAUGUAAGACUUAUUUAUUUUUUACCAAAUGUUUUAUUACCUAUAUUAAAAUUUUAUACUAGUGCGAUUCCCAGGGCGGAAAUAUCGUUAAAAAACGACCAAAAAGCGAUAUGAAACAACCGAAAAAAACCUAAAAAAUAAGUCUGGGCAUAAUUUUUUAAUUUGAAAAAAGAAUUUACAAUCUUAACGUUGGCAAUCCUGUAUAUUACAUUAGUGGUUGUAAAUAAAUAUUGAUUUUCGUGUGAUGAUCCUCGCGUGACCACAAAAUAAUGAAUUCCAUUUUCAUUUCACACAUUCAACAAGAAAGAGAUAUUCCAAAUUAGGUACAAUAUUUUUUAUAAAAACCCCAAAAAAACGUAAAUAAAUACUUCAUCAUAAUUUAGAUUUUUUUGCUGUUGGGUUGGUGACAGGUUAAAUCUAGAUUUAUAAAUUUAAACUGCCACUUAUCGUAAAAAAAUCUUUUAUCUUAAAUUCACAAUGAGCGACAGUUAAAAGAAGGUAAAAAGACUUUGGUAUAGAUACCAAUCUAAUAAAUAUCCCUAGACGUAAUUGCAAAGUAAAGAUGGCAAAAAUUUGGUUAUUUUUUAGUGAUUUUUGUAUGUGUCAAUUUUGGUACGGAACAAAAACCCGUUUUAAGGUUUUUUGGGUGCUUUUCAGGUAAUUAUGUUUGAUUUUAAACGAUUUUCAACCAUAUUUUUAAUAUGUCCGCCACCUCUAGAGUGAGUUAUGCCUAUGUUGGUAACAGAAGUAACUAAAUUGUGUCAACAAUUCUGACAGGCGCAAUAGAUUUUGUAUAUUAGAUAUUCUAACCAUAUUUUUUCAGUACUGUUAUUAAAAAAAAGCAAUUGGAUGUUAAAGUCGGGUUUACACAACUCAGUUUUUACAAAUUUACAUCGACCACUAUGAAUUGACUUCAUUUUUGGGGUGGAUAAAAAUUAGUGAUUUUUUAGCAAUUUUUUUUCCUGUUUUUGGUCCUUUUUUAAUAUUUCCGCUCUGGUCCUGAAGUAACAUUUUAUAUACUUCUUAUACUGAUAAUAAAAUGUACAAGUAUUAGUAUACAACACGUCUAUUUUUUUUCU